AUGAAGGACAUAUUUGACGGUAUGGUCCUUCGUAGGUUUCUGGGACCGGACGGCCUUCGCUUCCUCGAUGCGCCGCUGGGCGAGCUUCGGCUAGUCUUCAGCCUCUCUGCGGAUGGCUUCAAUCCCUACCAGAUGAAGGAAGCGAAGCACUCAGUCACGAGCACGGCUAUGUAUAUGGUGUGCUUAAGCCUACCUCCCCACCUCCGGUAUCUUCCAGAGAACAUGUACCUUGCGGGCGUCAUUCCGGGUCCGACCAAACCUUCCACGGAGCAGAUCAACCACUUCCUG